CGGAGUAGAAACUACGUCAACAAGACUUAACACUCGGCCGAAGGUCGGAACGCCGCUUCGCUCUUAAGCCCGUUGCUGUGCCACCGGCCAACCAGCCACCACUUCCGCCUUCGCCACAUAUAUUGGCCUCAGGCGUUAACAACGUCGGAGUAAAGUCAUCGAUCUACCGGAUUGCAUCUCAUUUUCAUCUCCUUCACCUUUCUCUUUCCCUACAUCCCCUUCAACUCGCUUAUCGCUUCCGGCUUCUCUCAACUUUACACCAGCUGGACGGUACUGCUCGUAUUCUAAUAAAGGAACCUUUAGAUUUGCUUGGAACUCUGCUGAGGCGCUGGUAGCCUCGAAGUAUGCACACUCGUUUUGGCAUAACAUCAGCACAAUAGACAAUAGACAUCGGUUUCAGGGGACUAUAACACAAUACAACAAUAUGCCUGUUAAGCGCAAGGCAACCGACAGCGGUCGGUCAAGUAGAGCUUCGAAGCGCGCAACUCCGGUUCCUGACAUCCAGGAUGUCGAUAGUAGCGAUGAGUUUUCCGAAUACGACCCAAAGGAAGAUAGCCUGAAAGAGGUCGUCGACAAGUUCUCCCUCGAAUCAUUCAGUAAUAAGAAGAGCUCCGCCGUACAGAAGCAGGAUCCAAAUUUCGGCUACAAGGACUUUUCGUCGCUCCCUCUGAAACCAGACCACGCAAACCGUCCGCUAUGGAUCGACCCCUUGAAAGGAACCAUCACUUUGGAGAGCUUCUCGCCCUUGGCUCCCCAGGCGCAGGAUUUCCUGACCACCAUCGCCGAACCGCUGUCACGUCCGACCCAUCUGCACGAAUAUAGGUUGACGGGAAACAGUUUGUAUGCGGCUGUUUCGGUUGGUCUCCAGCCUCAGGAUAUCAUCAACUUCCUUGACCGGUUGUCGAAGACCCCCCUCCCGGAUACCAUUAAAUCCUUCAUCAUCGAUUUUACGAAGUCAUACGGAAAGAUCAAAGUCGUGUUGAAACAUAAUCGCUUCUUCGUGGAAAGUACUGACCCAUCCAUGUUGCAAAUGCUUCUGCAGGAUGAAGUCAUUGGGGCUCAGAGGGUCCAGGGCGGGUCAGCCGAUAUCAUUCAGCAAGCUGCGCCCAAGAUGGGCGGACUUGUUAUCCCUGGUACCAAGGAUGCAGCAGGAGUGAAGCAGAGCACGGACCAGCAGCAGCCGGCAGAGGAAAGCCAAGGAGAGAAGCGCCAGGAGGAUGAUUUACUAUUGGCCAUUCGCGAUGAAGAUGACGAUGAAGAGCAAGCUCAGGUUCACAGCUUUGAAAUUCCGAAUGAAGCAGUAGAACCUGUCAAGGCUCGCUGCCAGGCAAUGGGCUGCCCGGCAUUAGAGGAGUAUGACUUCCGGAACGAUGAAAUCAAUCCCACGUUGGAUAUCGACCUGAAACCGCAGGCUCGAAUCCGAAGUUAUCAGGAGAAGAGUUUAAGUAAGAUGUUCGGUAAUGGACGUGCUAAAAGUGGUAUCAUUGUCCUUCCUUGUGGUGCCGGAAAGACCCUAGUCGGUAUUACGGCUGCUUGCACUAUCAAGAAGGGUACAAUCAUUCUUUGUACCAGCUCCAUGUCUGUAGUUCAAUGGAGAAAUGAGUUCCUACGGUGGUCGAAUAUCGACCCAGGCGAUAUUGCCGUUUUCACCUCAGACAACAAGGAAAAGUUCCGCAGAUCGACCGGUAUCAUUGUUUCGACAUAUUCAAUGGUUUCCCAAACAAGAGCCCGGUCUCAUGAUGCGCAGAAAAUGAUGGACUGGAUCCAAUCGCGUGAAUGGGGUCUAAUGAUUCUUGACGAGGUGCACGUGGUGCCUGCAUCUAUGUUCCGUAAAGUUACAUCGGCUAUCGCGACCCAAAGCAAGCUCGGUUUGACUGCGACCCUCUUGCGUGAAGAUGACAAGAUUAAAGAUUUGAACUUUUUGAUUGGCCCAAAGUUAUACGAAGCUAAUUGGAUGGAACUUGCAGAGCAAGGACACAUUGCCAAAGUCCAAUGCGCUGAGGUGUGGUGUCCUAUGACUACGGAGUUUUAUUCCGAGUACAUGAGAGAGAAGUCAAGGAAAGCAGCCUUACUCUACAUUAUGAACCCCCGAAAGUUCCAGGCUUGCCAAUUCCUCAUCGACUACCAUGAAAAGCGUGGAGACAAGGUUAUCGUGUUCUCUGACAAUGUCUAUGCGCUCGAGCGUUAUGCCCUUAAGUUGAACAAAGCCUACAUUUAUGGUGGCACUCCCCAAAAUGAGCGUAUGCGGAUUUUGGAGAACUUUCAGCACAACGAGCAAGUCAACACCAUCUUUCUGUCGAAGAUUGGGGACACGUCCUUGGAUUUGCCUGAGGCAACCUGUCUAAUUCAGAUCUCAUCACAUUACGGUUCCCGUCGUCAAGAAGCUCAACGGCUGGGCCGAAUUUUGCGAGCUAAGCGUCGUAACGACGAGGGCUUCAAUGCAUUCUUCUACUCUCUUGUCUCAAAGGACACGGACGAGAUGUUCUAUUCUUCCAAACGACAAGCUUUCCUUGUCGACCAAGGCUACGCGUUCAAAGUUAUCACACAUCUCCAAGGCAUUGAAAAUCUGGAGGGGCUCGCUUAUGCAACCCCCGGUGAACGGCGUGAGCUUUUACAGGAGGUUAUGCUGCAAAAUGAAACUUCCGCCGAUGUUGAAGCCGUAACUGAUGACUUGUUCUCUGAACGUUCUGGUGGUCCAAGGGCUAAGAAGGGAGCCGUUAAACGCAGUGCCGCCACUCUUAGCGGUUUGGCAGGUGGAGAAGACAUGGCAUAUAUCGAGUACAACAAGAGCAGGAACAAGCAGCUGAAGGACAAAGUGGGACACCACCCACUGUUCCGCAAGAUAGAGCGGGAGCGUCAGAAGAGGAAGAAGGAAAUGGAGGAGUUUGGCAUGCAUUGAUUGAGAUGCCAAUACAAUUUCAGAUGGAAACCAGUUUUAUUCAUCAGAUUGGCACUUUUUCUCCUGGUAAUAGGGUUGCACUGGUCAUAUAUCUGUUUGGAAAAGCAGUUUGCAUCAAAUCACAAAGUACGCAUGAUAAACUUACUAUAAUCUGACAAAAUACAUCCCAUAUCCAUGAAUGUAUAUUCUUACAAAUUGAACUAAGCUAGAUAAUUAGCAUCAAAC